AGCUAAAUAUCAGCUCCUAUAUAAGAAAAUAUAAUUUAAUGGGGAAAUGAAACCAUAGUACUUUUUCUUUAGUCAAAAUACUUUAUAUUCAUCUUUCGGAAAUAUGAAUGCUAACGAGAUAAAAACUGGUGGUGAAGUUGUUCGAAGUAGAAACCAAUAUUUCGUACAAUUUAUGUCUAUAAUAUCUGGUUACGUCUUAGCAAUCAAUGUAGGUGCACAUCUAGCAUGGACGUCACCUGCAUUGCCCUAUUUGACAAGUGAAUCAACCAAAUUUUAUCUAACAAAUAACCAAGGUGCCUGGAUAGCAUCCAUUAAUUCGGUGUCUUCAAUCUUUGGAUCCGUAACGAAUUCUCUUCUAGUGAAUCGAAUAGGACACAGAUUCACGAUACUCAUAUUUUCUGCAUCUGAUCUAAUAUCGUGGAUUUUAAUCAAUUUUGCCGACAAUUACAGCUUCCUGCUAAUAGCAAGAAUUGUCGCUGGUUUCAGCAUGGGAGGAUCAUUCGCUUUCCUUCCUAUCUACAUAGGCGAAGUAACAGGCAAAAAAAUCAGGGGAAGGUUUCUCGCCGUUGACAGAAUUUGUAUCAAUCUUGGUGUUUUCUUCAUCACAAGCCUUGGAGCCUUUUUUUCAUAUGAAACAAUGAACUUAGCUAUGAUCUUCGUUGCAUUUCUUGCCAUAUGUACGUUUCCACUAACGUCAGAAACACCAUACUAUUACUUGAUGAAAGGCCGAGAAGAGGAAGCGAUUAAAACACUAAUGAAGUUAUCUAGAGUGACACGAUCUGAAAUUAUAAUGGCGGACAUUGAAAGAAUGAAAAAGGCUAUGGAGAGGCAAGACCCUAAAAAUAGUAGCAUACAGGAAUUGUUUAAAGAUAGGGGCAGUCGAAAAGCAUUGAUUAUUAUGCUUCUUACGUACUUUGUAUAUGCUUUUUCUGGCGCCCUUUCUAUUCAGGCCUAUGCUCAAGGACUUUUUAAGCAGAGUGAUUCUUCUUUGGCACCAGAAUAUUCUGCGAUGAUACUCACAGGAGUUCAAAUCUUUUCAGGAUUGCCUUCAACACAGUUAAUUGAUUAUUGGGGACGCAGACCAGUUUAUGUAUUUUCAGGUAUAGCUUCGGCUAUUGGAUUGGGAACUGUGGCUUUAUAUUUCUUCUUAAAAGAAUUCCUAGAAACUAAUGUCUCGUCUGUAAGCUGGCUACCUUUGUUUGGUUUGGUUUUGUAUCAAUUUAUGUGCAACUUUGGAAUAUUGACAAUACCCACUGUGCUUGUAGGAGAGAUUUUUUCUGUUAAAGUGAAAAGGACAGCUGUAAUGAUUGGAGCAGUUUUUUUAGCAAUAUUCUUAUUCACCUCUAAAAUUAUGACACCCUUGCUGAAUGAUGCGUUGGGUAUUUAUACAACGUUAUGGAUUUUUUCGAGCGUUUGCCUUUUAGGCCCACUUGUUAUUGUAUAUAUUAUACCUGAAACAAAGGGUUCAAAUUUAGAAGAAGUAUUAACUUUACUGGGUGGUGUGAAAGAGAAAAAGCGAACUAAUGUUCCUUGUCAACUUAAAAUUCAAAAAAUAUGAGCCAAUUCAGCGAUUAAUGAGUGAUGAUCA